UUGGGAGAUUUUUAUCAACUAUAUGCCUGUUUGAAAAGUCUUUUCGAUCUCGAUAGUCCAUUACAAAAUCAUGAGUUUAUUAUUAAUAGUAAAAAUAUAAAAUUUGGCUGGUCAAAAGAGUAUUUGAUUGAUUUUAUUGAAAAACAAAAAUGUUCGAUUGAUAAUCCAGUCAGGAUAUCUGAUAUAAGAAGAGGUGUUAAAAGAUCAUAUAUGGAAAUGCUAGGUCUUUUACUAACAUCAUCGAAACUUGGAGAACCUGAUGAAUUUUAUAAGCUACAGACAAUUAGACCUAUAUGUCUUAAUCACCAUCCACCAUAUGUAUCUAGUACUGUACCUGUUAGCUUACAUUGUUCGAUUUUUGGCAAAUUUAAGGAUUUCUGUGAGGAAGCCCCAAAAGUUGAGGAUAAUCAUUUUAUCUAUAAUAUAUGUAAAAAAAUGGCAGAUUUUUUUAAGAGCGAAGAAGAACGUCAAACUAUUGCAAAUAAAAUGUUAUCCACUUAUUUUGGCUAUGAGAUGCAACCACUUGUACUUCUUCGUAGUCGCCGUACUGAUGGCACUAUAAGCUAUUCCUUUGUGUAUUGUGGGCUUAAUAUGGAAUUUAAGUGGGAGGACUGUUGCUCCAAUGCCUCCUUAUAUCUCGAAAAUUGUGGAUAUUUUUUAAAUUUCUGCAAGGAAAAAGAAAAAGAACAUUCUUUUCAUGUGACUAAUUUUCCAUGCUUUUUAGUUACAAUUGCAGGGCCUUACUUUUCUGUUUCCGGUACUGUGCUUUCAGAUAUUGCUAUAAUUGACUUGCUUACUCCAAUAUAUCCUCUUAUUUGGCAAAAAGAUAAUGAAAUGAUGGUAUCAAUUUCUAGAACAUUUCGUGCUUUAAAGAAAUCUCUCAAACUUCUUGAAGAACACUAUAAACAUGUUGAUGAAUUAGCUCAAGACAUCCCUCGAACUGCCCACCCUGUGCAUUCAUCAUUUCCUGAUAUAGUUAUAAACGGCAAACGAUAUAGCGUUCAGUUUGAUUCUGAUCCCCAACUUUUAGCUGAUGCUGAAUAUGCUUCAAAAGUUUUUGCUACUUCAGUUAUUCCUGGAAAUUGGCUUUUGGUUUAUAUGGAACGUUUAGACAACCAUUCAAUGCUAAGUCACAUCGCCAUUAAUCUUAAUAAUCAAGAACGAGAUGAUUUAAAAAAAAAAAUUAAAAUAGUAGUUAAAUAUUUGCAUGAUUCAGAGCAUGUACAUGGGGACUUACGUGAAGGGAAUAUUCUAGUUCGCCAACUUGAAAAUAAUGAAUUUGAUGUGAAAUUGAUCGAUUUUGAAUGCAGAAGAUGGGAAACUAGUCACGAAAAACCACGAUAUAGCUAUGUUAAAUCAGACAUUUUGGGCAACAAAAUUGUCGCAAAUUGA